GUCAUCUGGUUCCGCCGCCGUGGCUCGUAGCGGCAAACGUCGCCCGUGCCGACGGUGGUGGUACUUGGUAGCGGUGGUGGUGGGAGCAGCCUCCGUUUUAUUUCUGUCACGGCCUCGUUGGGGCCGGCUUCGCGAGUGCGUUCCUUUCGACGAGUCUCUCUACCCGAAGACCGUCAAACGACGACGACAACGACGACAACAACGGUGACGGCAACGACGAAGAGUCACACGAUGGAAGACAGUUACACGGUUCACCGACGUCGAAAGGCAGCCGCCAGGAAGCGUGAGAAGACGCCUGAUCCUUCGUCGAGGGGUGCCGCGUCGCGCAUGGACACUUCGGACGAUGAGGAUGAGGAGAGGCGCGCCAGAAUGGAGAGGAUGGCUGAGGAUGCGGAGAAAAUGGAGCAGCAACAGAAAGAAAAUAGACUGUCACAGCAGCAGAAGCAGGAGGUACCCUUGAAAGAACUGCAAAACAAGGAUAAGAAAGGAGAGCAGCGUCCCACCAGGAGAAAAGACAGGACUGACGCGAGGAAUUCCGCGAAUGUGGAUGACAUGAUCGCUGUACGCGCCGAGGUUGCCGCCAAGUCGGCGGCUGGAAAUAGUUCGAAGACACGUGAGACUGAUGCCGCAGUGAUUGGCGACAACAGCACGCAACCUACGGAGCAAGUAAAGCAAGUCAUCGAAGUAGCAAAAAGGGUUGAUGAUGGUACCACAAAGAGAGACGUCAUCAGACCUGAGAUUGUUCAAGGGGUAGUGUUCAAGGCUAGUAUUGUUCAAGAGACGUCAGAGACGCCGAAAGAGACGAGCGGCGAGACCGGCAGACCUGUCGAAGCCCGCAAAGUCGAAAGGCGAUUUAAAAGGAAAUCGAAGGAACGUGUGGAGAGAUAUAGUCGAUCAACGGAUUCCAGCGAUGUGGAUGAAAAGAGCGAGUCGAGUCAAAAGCGGACGAAGUCACCGGAGGCGACCAGGUCUAGGACGAAAAAGACGAGCGGAAGGAGUCGACUCAGUGAUCCGGAAGUACAAAAGAAAGACGCCGAGAGGUCGAAUCGAGAGAAGAGAUCAUCGAGUCGACAGAAACUGGAAAACGAGCCUCAGACGAAGGAUGACACUGAGAAACCACGCUCGAGAUCUUACAGUCAGGUCGAAGACACUGACGAGGAUCUGAAAACGGUAAAGAAAAGCGAGAGUUUCCCACAGAAAUAUGUCGAGGAGCGGAUAUUGAAGAGGUCCUCGAUCGAGAAGAAGAAACAGAUCAUCCCGCUGAGUAACGAAAGCCUGAUCGAGGAUUUCGCGAAGGCCCAGAGAGAGUACCUGCUAAGGGAACGUAGCAUUCUGGACCCGGAAACCACAAACGUGUUUCAGGACGCGGUUGAAGUUAGUUCCUUGAGGAGACGGAAAUUCAGUCUGGUGUACAGCGAGAGUGAGUGCGAGGACAUCGUUCAGAAUGUAAUACAGUCUUCCAAUACAGCUGAUAAGAAGAAAUCGUGGUUCUCUUGGUUGUCCUUUUGGCGCACUAAGAAGAAGGAUGAAGAUACCGUAAAAAAGAUUGAGGACGAACCAGAUAUCGUAGAGAAGAAGAUUGAAGACGAACCAGAUAUCGUAGAGGAGAAAAUUGAGGACGAACCAGAGCCCGUUCCGAAAGUCGAGGAGAUCAUAAUGGAGAAGCUAGAAGCUACGGAGAAGAUUACUUUAUUGGACUUCUUCAGAGCUCUCAAAGAUAUUGUCGGAGAGUUUAAAACCUUCGUGGCACAGAAUCCACGUGAAACUACUAUCAUUAGGCGACUGCGUAAUCGCUGCAUAGCCGGAUUGCUGCUCGUAAUGAUCUACUGCGGCCUCGGCGGCUUCAUCUUUCGUUUCGUUGAGGGUGCCUUCGAAACAUUCUACAAAUGCGGUGUAAAGCGCGUGAAGCGUGACUUCCUAGAUACUCUGUGGAAUUACAGCCACAAUUUGAGGGAGGACGACUGGAAGAGCAUGGCGCGCAAAAAACUGAUGGAGUUCGAGGAACAGCUUCACACAGCUCACGAAGCCGGGUUACAUACGUACAGCGGUCAAAAAAGUUGGAGUUUCCUGAAUGCGGUCGUGUACUGUCUCACUGUCAUCACCACCAUCGGGUAUGGACAUAUCUCACCAACUACGGACACAGGAAAAGCCAUCACGAUUGUGUACGCCAUUUUCGGCAUCCCGAUGUUUCUUAUAAUUUUGGCCGACUUCGGUAAAUUAUUUACGCGCGGUAUAAAGUUCCUGUGGGCAUUCGUGAGAAGGUUGUAUUACACUGGUAGUUGCCGUAAAGUCCGUCGCACUGCGCCCGUUCAGGAAGUUAUGAAGGGCAUGCAACUCGUAUACGAUCUCGCGAAGUUUCGGCGGCCCUCGCAGAUGAAUCCGGAGGAGAUCGAGGAGAUGCAGAAGCAGCAGACUCAGCAGCCACAGACGGUCCUGAACGUGGACGCCAACGCGCCGGACACGCCGGGUACGCCGGCAUUAUCGGCCUUCGCCGUCGAUGACGAAUUCAAUCUACCGAUUUCGGUGGCGAUCGUCAUUCUCCUGGCUUAUAUCUUCAUAGGAGCCACCCUAUACUCCAUGUGGGAAGCUUGGAACUUCUUCGAGAGCUUCUACUUCGUCUUCAUCUCUAUGAGUACUAUCGGCUUCGGCGAUUACGUGCCAAAGCAUCCCAUAUACAUGAUGUGUUCGAUAGUAUACCUGGUGUUUGGCCUGGCGCUCACAUCCAUGUGCAUCAAUGUCGUGCAGGUGAUGCUAUCGGAUUCAUUCAAGCAGGCGAGCCAGAAGAUCGGAGCCACGAUCGGCUUCGAGGUCGCCGACGACGACAACUCGAUAAAACCGGCGCCGCCGCCGCCGGUCGAGGUCGCGGACGUCCACGUGAGCGCAAAGGAGUCUGAGAGCGGCGAAAAGAUCGCGCCCAGAGCCAAACAGGAAGACGUCGACCUGUAGAUGCAUUUCUUUCAGGAAAAAUUCCUACACGUCUCGAUCGAGCGCUCGUUCGAGUUCGUUUCUUGGAAUACGCGAAAUGUCUCUCUCUCUCUCUCUCUCUCUCUCUCUCUCUCUCUCUCUCUCUCUCUCUCU